UUUUUUUUUUUUAAAUAUUUACACUUCUACAUGCUUUGUUGUUAAAUCAAUAAUAUACAUUUAUAUUUAUUUACAGAGAAAUAACUUAUAGAAAAAAAAUGAAUUUUCAAUCAAUUGAUUAUUUGCAGCAAACUACACAACAAAUGCAAACAGGAAUACUAAGUAAAAGCAUUCAUUCAACAAAGCGUAAAUUAGAAGAAGAUACGAAUGAAGAGUCUAUAAACUUAAAACGUCCACAUCUUAUGAAUCAUUCUUUAUCGUUAUUACAAAAAGAGGACAGUAAAGACUUUAGAAAACAACAAUAUAUGACAUCUAUUUCUGAUUACAAGUCAAAUACCAUAGUUGAUAACAAUGCAACAUUAUCAUUGACUACUACUACUACUGCUACUGCUUUUGAUGCAAUCACUCCACCAGCAGAUGAUAUAAUGAUGAUAGAAGAUGAUUAUACAGAUGAGGAUGAGUUAUUGCAGACUCCAUCAUAUAUGAAUUCCUAUUUUAAUUACAUACCAGUGGAUACAGAAGAUGAUCUAGAAAAUGGUGGCUUUACUGGUCAAUUAGAGCUUGGUUGGAGUGAAAUGUAUUAUGAUAUGAUCUCAGAGAUGUAACCAUUUUAAUCUUUCUAAUACAUAUUUAUAUAUCUGAAUCCUGUUUUAAUAAUGAACAAUGCUUUAUAAUAAGACUUUUUUUUUAUUUUUUUUUUUAUAUCUUUGUAAAGAUUUUCUGUACGAUUUAC